AUGGAGAUGAACUACGAUGAUGCAGAGUUGCAUCGCAUCGAAGAAGAACUGCACAUGGAGAUUCUACCUGGCACAGAGAUCAUGACCGAUGUCGGGAGUCAUCAUUUUGUCAAAGGCCACAACGGAGUCCUUGUCCCUCAACCCUCGGCCGACCCUCACGACCCCUUGAACUGGUCAACAAAAUGGAAGUUCCUCGCCAUCACAGCAAGCAGUCUGGUCUCCUUCAGUCAAGGCUUUGGUCCUCUUGCCCUAGCACCUGCCUUCGGAUACUACAUCAAAGAGUUCGAUUGUUCUCUGGCCGACGCCAUCCAAUUCACCGGCGUGUCUAUUCUCAUUCUCGGCUUCAGCAACUUCGUUUGGGUGCCGUUGAGUUCAUCCUUCGGACGCAGAGUGGUGUUGAUCGCCAGUCAGUUGAUCUGUCUGGCUAGUAUGAUCUGGAGAGCCAAAGCCCAGACGUAUGGAUCCUUCAUGGGUGCCUGUGUACUCAAUGGACUCGGUGCUGGACCUGCUGAGUCUAUUCAGCCCGCAGUGAUUGCAGAUGUAUUCUUCCUACACAACCGUGGCUUCCAGAACACCGUUUACUGGACUGCAUACAUGGGAUCUUUGAUGGUCGGACCCAUUAUUUCUGGUGUAAUGUCAGACCGUCUUGGCUGGCGAUCCUUCUGGUGGCUCAAUGUCGGACUCGUCGCCGUAUCGCUCCUCUUGGUUGUGUUCUGUUUCCCCGAGACCAAAUAUCACCGUCCCCAUCCUCACGAGAUCGCUGCGGCAACUCACAACUACGAAGCUAGCGACUCAUCGAUUCCAGUAAAUGAGAAAGUUGCCGGCGGCGAACAAGUCGAAGACGUCGAGAUCCAACAAGUUACAACCCAAAAUGGUAGUGGUAUGCCCGAACUGUCAGCAACAAAGACCGCAGAUCGCGACCCUUUCCUUGGAAAAGGUUACCCGUCGAAGCAACAAUGGAAACUCUGGCAAUCCAACGCACAUCCUUGGAAGAGCAUCGCCAUCGAUCUCUGGCUGCCCUGGAAGCUUUUCGCCUUCCCCAUUGUCGAGUUCGCUGCCUUUGUCUGCUCGUGGUCUUGCUCGAGUUUCUUGACUCUCAACUUGACUCAGGCUCAGGUUUUCGCUGCACCGCCAUACAACUUUUCGUCUGAGAACAUUGGAUUCUUCAACUUUGCCAUUCUCAUCGGCGCCAUCAUUGGGUUGGCCACUUCCGGAAGACUGAGUGAUUGGGUAGCCGCUAGAGCAACAAAGAGAAAUGGUGGCAUUCGUGAGCCUGAGAUGCGUCUCCUAGCCAUGAUCCCCUAUGUGAUCAUCAUGUACAUCGGCAACAUUGUCGCUUCCGUCGGCAUGGAAAGGAAAUGGCCCUGGGAAGUUAUUGUCAUCAUCGCUUUCGGUGCUGCUGGCAUGCAAGUGGCUUCGAUCCCUUCGAUCGUAAGCACCUACGCCGUGGACUCGUACAAGCCAGUCGCUGGACCCUUGUUCGUUGCCAUCACAGUGAACAAGAAUGUCUGGGGCUACGGAUUCUCGAAGUUCAUCACACCUUGGAUCGAAAGAUCGGGUUAUAUUCCACCCAUCAUGUGCAACGGCUCGCUUGUGCUGCUGUGGUGUCUCUUCGGCAUCCUAUUCUACUACAAGGGAAAGACUUUCAGAAGAUGGUCUCGCAACUCUUCCGUACACAAGAUGUAA